UUGCCAAGCAGAAUGUCAGCUUCCAACAUCAGUGAUGACAGUCUCCCAGCCACUCUUUACCUCACGGGGAUCCCAGGGCUGGAGUGGGCCCACAUCUGGAUUGCCAUCCCCUUUUGUGCCUUGUACAUGGUGGCGCUGACUGGGAAUGCUGCCCUCAUUCUGGUCAUUGUGACAGACAGCACCCUUCAUGCACCCAUGUACCUCUUCCUUUGCCUUCUCUCAUUCACUGACCUGGCCCUCAGCUCCACCACUGUGCCCAAGACCUUGGCCAUUUUGUGGCUUCAUGCUGGUGAGAUUUCCUUUGCGGGAUGCCUAGCCCAGAUGUUUUGUGUCCAUUCUAUCUAUGCUCUGGAGUCCUCGGUUCUUCUUGCCAUGGCCUUUGAUCGGUAUGUGGCUAUCUGCAACCCACUGAGAUACACCACCAUCCUCAACCACACUGUCAUAGGCAGAAUUGGCCUUGUGGGGGUAUUCCGUAGUAUAGCUGUUGUCUCACCCUUCAUCUUCUUGCUGAGGCGACUGCCCUACUGUGGCCACCAUGUCCUGGCACAUACAUACUGUGAGCAUAUGGGCAUUGCUCGACUGGCCUGUGCCAGCAUCACUGUCAAUAUUGUCUAUGGGCUGACGGUGGCCCUGCUGGCCAUGGGUCUGGAUUCCAUUCUCAUUACUAUAUCCUAUGGCUUUAUCCUCCAUGCUGUCUUUCAUCUUCCAUCCCGUGAUGCCCAGCACAAGGCUCUGAGUACCUGCGGCUCUCAUCUUGGGGUCAUCCUCGUCUUCUACAUCCCUGCCUUCUUCUCCUUCCUCACCCACCGUUUUGGCCAGCACCAAGUCCCCCAGCAUGUACACAUCUUUCUGGCUAAUCUCUACGUGCUGGUGCCUCCUGUGCUCAACCCAAUCAUCUAUGGGGCCAGGACCAAGGAGAUUCAGAGUCGAUUUCUAAGACUGCUUCACUUGGGGAAAAUGUCGAUAUGA